AUGGAGACCGGCAAGCGUAACACUGGUCUGCUUGAUCACUGGUUACCAGAGUUGUUCGUGUUGUGGGCUUGGUGCAGUGCUCAAUGCUCGGGAUCCUCGAAAGUCAGCGCGGGCAAGGGCAUCAGAUGUGUCGCUAUGCAAGCGACGAAGACGAAGAGCGGCGAGAUUGCCAAGAAGUCGGAGGUCCCAGAGGAUCUUGACUGGGGUGCAGUCUCCUCCCAGUGGGAGGUGGAUUGCUUCAGCCGGCCCGUCAUGCGCGACGGGAAGAAGAUGUGGGAGCUGAUGGUGACGGACGCCAACGCUGUGUACCGAAGAGUCGCUCAGAUGAAGCCCACACGGGUCAACUCUGUGGUCGUGCAGAAGCUGAUGACGAUUUUCAUUGAAGAGUCCAAGGUGAAGCCACAGACUAUCCGAUUCUUCCGCAAAGUCAUGAAGAACAUGCUGAUCGUGGCGCUGGCAGCUGUGAAGGACACCAUGCCCGACUACUUGGAGAAGACGAAGAUCAUCCCCAGCCGAAACUGCCACAUGCUCCGGCUGUGGCUCAACUACCGCAUGCGCGAGGUCUACCCCAAGAUGACCGGAUACCAGCCACCGGCGAAGAAGAAGAGCACCAACGUGCAGGGCUCCUUGGUGAAAAUGGCCUAUGAGCGGUUGCCCGAGAGGCUGUUUUUCACCCAGUUCGCCAUGACAGCCAUCUCCCUCGGUGCUCUGGCACGGGUGAAGCCGGGGCAGCUGCCGGGGCAGUUGGCGCGGAUCCCUCCGGGCUUCAGCGACAGCGCUCAGGUGUAUGGCAUUCUGAUUCUGACGAGCAGAGCGGAUGUCAUUUGCUCUACACUGCGGUCGCUGGAGCUAGCUGCCAUCCGGGUGGAUUUGGAGACUGACGACCUUCUCAUGGAGCUGGACAUCGACACGACGUACAAGAUCGACAAGAUCCGACCAGAGGAGAAGGAAGUCUACCUCAAGUUUGAGAGGUCGAAGAGGCAACUGGGAGGCCUGCACUUCGUGGCUGUGCACGACGCGGUGACCGGAGGGGAGCCGCUGCUUCCUAUUGAGGCAGACGACAUGGGUCCUGGAGAGGGCUGCAUCACCGGACUGUGGACGCUGAUAGACUACAGCUUGCAG